GCUUACAAAGGAGUGGAUUUAGAGACAUCUGCAGUCGAAAUGCGCACUUAGAAUUUCGGUAUACGGCGCGAAAAACAACUUGUUUUGUUUAUUAUAAGCAUAUGAGGUUAAACGUAUGUAAAUCAUAUCAGUCUGAUCAGUUUAAACAUUUUUAAAAGAUGCAGUCAUUUCUAAAAUCAGGAAAACUAUCAAAUAGCUCAGAAAAGAGUGACCCUUCAACAAGCAAAGUAGUUAAGAAAAAUCAAACAACUCCAUGGGUCGAAAAAUACCGUCCAAAAACCGUAUCAGAAGUUGUAGAACAAAACGAGGUAGUUGCCGUUCUACAGCAAUGCAUUGAUGGUGCGGAUUUGCCCAAUUUACUUUUCUAUGGCCCACCAGGUACAGGAAAAACUAGCACAAUUUUAGCAGCUGCUCGACAAUUAUUUGGGGACAUGUAUAAAGAUAGAAUUCUAGAAUUAAACGCCUCAGAUGAAAGGGGCAUACAGGUAAUCAGAGAGAAAGUGAGGACAUUUGCCCAAUUAACAGCAUCACAUAUUAGACCAGAUGGAAAACCUUGUCCUCCAUUUAAAAUAGUUAUUCUGGAUGAAGCUGACUCAAUGACAAAUUCAGCACAAGCCUCUCUUCGAAGAACAAUAGAAAAGAACAUUAAAAGUACACGUUUUUGUUUAAUUUGCAACUAUGUUUCAAGAAUUAUUGAACCUAUAACAUCCAGAUGUACAAAAUUCCAGUUCAAACCCAUUCAUGAAAAUAUGAUUAUGAAGCGUUUACAGUUUAUCUGUAAGGAAGAAGGAGUGUUAUGUGAAGAAGAUGUUUUUAAUGUUGUUGUCAGUGCUGUGGGGGGUGACAUGAGGAGAGCAAUAACAUGUUUACAGAGUUGUUCUAGACUCAGAGGAAAAAAUGAGCAAAUAAAUAUUAAUGAUGUGUAUGAAGUCACAGGAAUUGUUCCAGAAAAAUGGUUUAAUGAUUACAUAGAAGCUUGCAAAAAGGAACCUAAAGAUGUAGCAGAUAUGGUUGAUACUAUACUUUUAGAAGCUUAUCCGGCUUCACAGUUCGUUGAACAGUUCAAUGAUUGGCUGAUAAAUCAAGAGAAUAUUUCAGAUAAACAAAAGGCUCUAAUUGGAAAUAAAUUAGGAGUUGUAAGUUUUCACCUACAAGAGGGAGGAAGUGAAUUUGUUCAGCUUUUAGAUUUAGGAUGUGCUGUUUGGAAAGUAUUAAGUAAAAAAGAAAAAUGAAAAUAUGUUUUUUUUUGUAUUUCUUUGCUAUAUUUAAGU